AUGUACACUUAUGUGAAAAACGACACAUCUUUGACCUUCAGUGAUGUCCCUCCUGACAUGCUUCUUUAUUAUGACUAUGAGAUGGUGCAGAAGGUGAACUGCAGUUUAUAUUUCAGCGCUCUGGGCAGAGCAGAUUUCUCUGUUUCUUCCAGCUUCCUCAACAGACAGAAAAUCCUGUUCAACAAUGCACAAACCUGCCUGGGUAUUUCUGGCUUCAAUCUGAACAAGACUCAGGUGGCUAUUCUGGGUAAUAUGACCUGCACACUAAACUCAUCCUACAUCCAGAACUCUGACCCACUCAUCAUAGAGAAGUUAAAGAACUGUGGAGACCUGACUGACUUUCAGGUCUCGGGUAUACAGACACUGCUCUUCAGUGGCAACACAAACUAUGGAAAUCUAUCAACAUGGAAUCUGCAGACACUACAGCAGUUAGGCCCCCUGCCUCUCUACUUAAAUCAGGACUUCUGGAACAAAUUUAACUUUACUGAGAAAAAGAUAUUUCUGCCAUCAUUCAUGUCAGCCCUGAGGGCCAAGAACACCCCAGUAACAAAGCUACAAAGUUUAUUUACUGCAUCCAAACAAAAUUUCAGACGCAGACGUGAUACAGGAUGCACUGCGGGUUACAUCACAGACACAACAAUUGCGGAUCAGUCGUUCAUUUUGAACUACACUUCCACCCAGUUUGAUUUGUGUCUGAAUAUAACCGUGCUAAUAAACAACCUGGCAGCUAUCACUCAGAUAGUGUUGGAUCCCAGCAUGGAGAUGGUCAUUCUGAACAAACUAAACCAGGUGUACCUGUCUGGCCUUGGGGACAGUGUGCUGCAGUUACUGGGCCCCACAUCUCGUGUGGCCAAUGUCAGUGAAAUCAAAAGCUGGAACAUCACCUCAUUAGACACUUUGGCCUCUUUAAUGAACCCAGUUAAUGGGGCCUGGACUUCAGAUCAGAGUAAUGCAGUGAUUAUGAAUUAUCUUCGCGUUCCUGGCCACACUUUGGGGCUAGCUGAAAUAAAUGCUAUCAUGUCGGACAUCUGUUCUUUGAACACUAGUGCACUCAACAAUAUAACUGCUGAAAACCUAAGAUAUGCAAACCCUAUUGAUUUGUCCAACUGCACCAUCGAUCAGAAAACAGCUCUGUAUAACAUCGCCAACAUCUCGUUCAGCUCUCUACACAGCAAUGCCACAGAAUUCUUCCUGCUCAUCAGAUCUUUCCUAGGUGGCGCACCUCUGUCAGAUAUAAUAAAUCUUGCACCUCAGAACAUCAGCAUGGACAUUACCACCUUCAUUAAUCUGAACCCUGAUGUGGUCAAGUACCUGAGUGUGAAUACAGUUCGUGAUCUACUGGGGGUGAAUCUACCUAUUCUGAAGAUGUUUGAGAGCAGCACGUUGGUCCGGUUCUGGGAGGCACAGCAGUACCAGUCUGAUCUAGACAUCCUGGGCAUCGGACUGAUUGGAGGAAAACAAAACCCCACGACAUCUUCACCUACAAACAGCACCACCACACAAACCAUCUUGUCAACUACCAACAGCACAGCAGGAUAUGCAACAGUUCAUCAAGAUGCAGGACCGUGGUGUCUCUCUCUGUUUGUCGGACUCCUGACGGUCACGUUGCAUGCAGUGCUAUAA